AUGGACCAGUUUGGGCCGCCCUUCUUCUCCCCCUCCGAUCCCUAUGCCGGCAGUCCGUAUGCGAGCCCGGCCGGUGGAGGCUCCAGCUUCCCCGACUUCCAGUACGAGCUGGGGUCCGACCACACCGACUCCGGCGUCUUCCCUGGCCCCGGCUCUCCCUUUGACGGUACUGUUCCGGUUCCGCUUGGUCCGGGCCCUCUAAGUGAUAUCGGACAUUUCUGGGCCACGGAGGCUCAACCUCAACCGCAGCAGCACCAGUCACUGCAAGACAACACCAGGACCCUCAACGCCAUCGACGAGUUCUUCAUCAAAAACGGCGCUCAUCGACCACCUGUGCCCUGCAGCUACUGCAAACGCCAACGGCUCCAGUGCCUUAUCCUUCAAACCACGGAGGCAAACCCAAACCCCGUCAGCUCUUGUUCCAGUUGCGUGGCCCUCUACCGUGAUUGCAGUCUUGCUGAGCGAAGCAAGAGAGAUGCCUCUGCCUAUGAGACUGUUCUCCCCGUCAUUGGUCAUCUGCACGGUGUUUGCGAGGAGGUCGACGAUGCCACUACUCGCGAAGGGACAACGCAAUGGCGCAUUGAGCGAGAGACGGCUCCAACUGCAACUCGAUCAUCGUCCGUCUCUCACAAGAGGAACAGCACUCGGUCCGUCAAGAAGACUAGGGUUCUGAGAAACUGGUUCGCCACUCAUCAAGAACAUCCGUACCCAUCCGAAGACGAAAAGUCUAUGCUUUCCGAGCAGAGCGGCCUCAGCAAGACGCAGGUGAUCAAUUGGUUCGCCAAUGCUAGGCGCCGCCAUCGUCUGACCGCACAGUCACACUUCAACAACAGCAGCAAAGUGUUUCUGCAAGGAUCUCCCAUGCCACAGACAUUCCUGUCUGGCAUGUCACCAAUGGAGCGCUGGCGGCAUUCACCCCCGAAUGAGGAGCCCGUCUCGGUAUCAGCCAUCGAGAACGCCAUUUCUAACCAGGUUGAUGAGGGAGAUGCUUACCUCUACAGCUUUGACGGCAACUGUGCCACCGAUGGUGCCCCUUCCUCGGCCAGCAGCGAGUCGGCCAUCUUCAACCAGCACCCUACGGGUCGCUACGAGGGUUCAUCCAACUCUGGAUCGUCUGCCUUUUCCUUCUAUCAAUCUGACGAUGCGGGCAUCUUCUCCCUAUCGGCGCAUAGCUCCAUCCAUGGCGGCGACAGUAAUUUAAUAGCCGGCUCAUCCAAUGCAAGGGCCGCUGUGGGAGCGACGGCAGAGCGUGGAAAGGCCCACAUGUUUCAGUGCACCUUUUGCCGCCAGAGCUUCAAGAAGAAGUAUGACUGGGUGCGCCAUGAGAGAUCCAUUCACCUCCCUGGCCUCGACUCUUGGAUAUGCAAAGUUCCUCUGCCAGAAGAACAAUCACAUCUUGUUUGGCGUGUCAACCACAGUGAGCCUGAAUGCAUAUUUUGUGGUCAGGCGUCGCCAACGGAGGAGCAUCUCCAAGCCCACGAGUUCCAAUCCUGCGCCGAGCGUCCCGUGUCAGAGCGAACGUUUACUCGCAAGGAUCAUUUAUGGCAACACCUGCACAAGUUCCAUCGCUGCCGAAAGUGGGACGGUUGGAAGCCGAAUCUCCACCUCUUACAGCAUCGCCAAGACAAAUAUGAGAGCGUGUGCGGCUUCUGCCAGCUCAAGAUGCAUAGCUGGGACGAGAGGGUCCAGCAUCUGGCAUCGCACUUUCGCCGUGGCACCACCAUGGUUGAAUGGACGGGUGCCGCAACCAGCAUAACCGGUGAUGGCACUCGGAAGAUGCCGUCGAAUAGGGCCCGCACUACCCCCUUGAGUGGCGAUGAAGCCGAUGCAUCAUCACUGGGACUAUUUCCCUAG